UAGCUGCACUUCCGUUGGUGACGUCAGGAUACUUCCGCCUUUAGUUGCGGUUGUACGGAGUUCGGAAUUGAUAGUAGAGAUCUGUUUUAAGGAAUCAUCGGAUAAAUUUGUCGCGUUUUCAUUGUGGCCAUGGAAUCAGGUACAUUGACUGAAGAAAAAGUCACUUUGGAGCAGCAGGUUCCAAUGACUGUAUUAUAUGAAACUCCUAGAAAAGAAUCAUCAGCUCAGUUUACAAAAGAAAGAGAUCUAUGUGUAAAAUUUUUUGAAAAAUGGGGUGAACACGAUCAAACUGCUUUUGUGGAAUUGGUAUUGUCUAAAAUGUCCCAUUAUCAGCAUAGUCAUGUUAGUUCAUUUCUUAGACCUAUGUUACAAAGGGAUUUUAUCUCUCUACUUCCAAAAAAUGGCUUAGAUCAUGUUGCUGAAAAUAUAUUGUCAUAUUUGGAUGCAAAAUCUCUUUGUGCAGCUGAAUUAGUAUGUAAAGAAUGGUAUAGAGUAAUAAUGGAAGGCAUGUUAUGGAAGAAAUUAAUUGAACGAAGAGUUAUAACAGAUAGUUUAUGGAAAGGAUUAGCAGAAAGAAGAGCAUGGAUUAGAUAUCUUUUCAAGCCACCUCCUGGAGAACAACAUCCUGACCAUACUUUUUACAGAAGACUUUAUCCUAGAAUUAUUCAAGAUAUUGAGAGUAUUGAGAAUAAUUGGCGAUGUGGACGUCACGUGUUGCAACGGAUAAAUUGCCACAGUGAAAAUAGCAAAGGAGUUUAUUGCUUACAGUAUGAUGACCAAAAAAUUGUUAGUGGCCUUAGAGACAAUACAAUUAAAAUUUGGGAUAGAAAUAGUCUUCAGUGUGUUAAAGUUUUGACUGGCCACACUGGAUCAGUUCUUUGUCUACAGUAUGAUGAUAGAGUAAUAAUAAGCGGAUCAAGUGAUUCUACUGUAAGAGUAUGGGAUGUAAAAACUGGAGAAAUGGUUAAUACUCUUAUUCAUCACUGUGAAGCUGUUCUUCAUUUGCGUUUUAAUAAUGGGAUGAUGGUCACUUGCUCCAAGGAUAGAUCUAUUGCUGUCUGGGAUAUGGUAUCACCUACAGAAAUUAAUCUUAGACGUGUGUUAGUAGGCCAUAGAGCUGCUGUUAAUGUUGUCGAUUUUGAUGAAAAGUAUAUUGUAUCUGCAUCUGGUGAUAGAACAAUCAAAGUAUGGAACACUUCCAGUUGUGAAUUUGUUCGUACUCUGAAUGGACACAAAAGAGGAAUUGCUUGUCUUCAGUAUAGAGACAGACUUGUAGUCAGUGGAAGUUCUGAUAACACUAUAAGGCUAUGGGAUAUAGAAUGUGGAGCGUGUUUGAGAGUGUUAGAAGGACACGAAGAAUUAGUGAGGUGCAUUCGUUUUGAUAAUAAGCGCAUUGUUAGCGGAGCAUAUGAUGGAAAAAUAAAAGUUUGGGAUCUUGCCGCAGCUCUUGAUCCACGAUCUCCUACGGGCACACUCUGUUUAAGAACACUAGUGGAACAUUCUGGCCGUGUCUUCAGACUGCAGUUUGACGAAUUUCAGAUCGUCAGCAGUUCUCACGACGACACCAUUCUCAUUUGGGACUUUUUAAACUGUGCACCGCCCGACACAAAAUCGCCAAAUCGCACAUAUACUUAUGUUUCAAAGUGAAUGGAAGAAUUCGCAUCGGCCUCUUAGAAUAAUGGCAACCCGAGCCCAAAGUCGACGAAUCUAGACAAGGCUGGAAAAUUGCCUCCCUUUCUUCUUGUCCUCAGUGUCAUCUAAUUUCUUUUGUUAAAACUUUGGUAGGAAAAAAAAAAGACUUUAGUGCAAUUUGCACCUAACUGGACCUAAUGGGGUGUGAAAAUGCACUUGAUUCACUGUGUUAAUACACAUCACCAAAGUAUGUACAUAUUUCUGAUUGCUUGAAGAAGUUUUUUGUCUUGUACAUCCUGUUCUUAGUAAAUGGUUGAUUCAUCCUACAGUGUGUAGACAGUGAACUGAUUCAACUUUGAAAAAAUAUUCUAUAUUUUACAGUUUUCUUUAGUGCCUUUUCACUAGUUUUGCCAUAAUUAACGCAAAGCAAGUGGAAAUAACAUCAAGGUGUACUUACCAGCAUUUUUGUAUAGCUUCGUGUAUGAGUUGUGAAUUAGGUAUAAGCUAAGAAAUAUUUAUUUUUGUCACUAUCACGUUGUUCUUCAAAUACUUGGGUUUUUUUGUCCUCGUUAAAGGUGUGGGUGAUGAAUUGUGUAUUCUGUGAUGUUUAAAAACAUUCAUUCCAAUUUCUAACCAAUGAUGACUGUAAGAGCAAUGUGGCCAGUGACAACACAAAUAUCUGUAAACAGUACAGAAAAUAAAUGAUGUUAUUUCAUACAACGUUUUUAGGAAAUGAUAUUUAAAGCUAUUCUCUGAUUUUA